AGCCUCGCGCUCUCUCUUUCUCUCUCUCAUUGACUUCGUUUCCAAUGGCCGUCACCGAUUUUUUCGCCGGUGAAAUUGCGACGGAGCUCCUGAAGCAGCUCUUUUUGAUAUCUGCCAAAGCAUGGAAAUACAAAAGCACGGCCGAUAAACUCAUCGCCUUGAUAGAGGAUAUUCAACCGACGAUCAAGGAGAUUCAGUACAGUGGCGUGGAGCUUCCUGCUCACCGCCAGGCUCAAAUCGGUAUGCUCUUUGAUACCUUUGAGAAAGGCAAAAAACUCACCGAGAAAGUCCUAAGCGCCCGUCGCUGGAACAUGUUCCGUCAGCUAACCUUAGCGAGGAAAAUGGAGAAGCUCGAGAAGACAAUCACUAAUUUCCUUAAAGCUCCGAUUUUGGCCCAUAUCCUCGCUGACGUUCAUCGUCUCCGGGCCGAUUCCGAAGAGCGUUUGGAUCGUGUUGACAGGAGCCUCGAGAGGGUGAUUCAGCAAGUGGGUUCCAUGAAAAUCGGUGGAGGUGGGAUGAUUAGAGAGGCCAUGAAGAGAGCCGAGGCUAUGGAGAUUGAGACCAACGACGAUUUGGAGAAAUUUGGAGUUGGAUUGGAAUUGGGAAAGAUCAAGGUUAAGAAGAUGAUCUUCGAACCUCAAGGAGGGGUUUUUGGUAUCAGUGGAAUGGGCGGUGUUGGUAAAACCACUCUUGCUAGAGAGCUUGAACGGGACCAUGAAGUCCGAUGUCACUUCGAGAACCGGAUUUUGUUUCUGACUGUAUCACAAUCUCCGCUUCUUGAGGAGCUGAGGGAACAUAUAUGGGGUUUCUUAUCUGGUUGUGAAGCUGGAAAUCCUGUUCCAGACUGCAGUUUUCAGUUUGAGGGCACCCGGAAGCUCGUGAUUCUUGAUGAUGUUUGGACCACACAGGCCCUGGACCGCUUGACGUCCUUUAAGUUUCCUGGUUGCACAACUCUUGUGGUCUCACGAUCCAAACUCACAGAGCCUAAAUUCACUUAUGAUGUCGAAGUACUAAGUGAAGAUGAAGCAAUCUCUCUCUUCUGUCUCUGUGCUUUCGGUCAGAAAUCUGUCCCUCCUGGUUUCUGCAAUGAUCUGGUUAAGCAGGUUGCUAAUGAAUGCAAAGGUCUACCUUUAGCUCUCAAAGUUACGGGUGCUUCAUUAAAUGACAAACCUGAAAAAUACUGGGAGGGCGUAUUGCAGAGGUUAUCAAGAGGUGAACCUGCUGAUGACUCUCACGAGAGUAGAUUGCUUAAUCAAAUGGAAGCUAGUCUAGAAAAUCUCGACCAGACAACCAAAGAUUGUUUCUUGGAUCUUGGCGCAUUCCCUGAAGACAGGAAGAUUCCUCUUGAUGUUCUCAUCAACAUGUGGAUUGAGUUACAUGAUAUAGAUGAAGGAAAUGCUUUUGCCAUCCUCGUUGAUUUGUCACACAAGAAUCUCCUUACUCUUGGGAAGGAUCCACGGCUUGGCUCUCUGUAUGCAAGCCACUAUGAUAUUUUUGUGACACAGCAUGAUGUUCUGCGAGACCUAGCUCUUCAUAUAAGCAACGUAGGGAAAGUAAACAGAAGAAAGCGGUUGCUGAUGCCGAAAAGAGAGUUAGAGCUUCCAAGAGAAUGGGAAAGGAACAAUGAUGAGCAUUACAUUGCCCAGAUUGUCUCUAUUCAUACUGGGGAAAUGAAUGAAAUGCAAUGGUUUGACAUGGAGUUCCCCAAGGCAGAGAUUCUAAUACUGAAUUUCUCUUCAGACAAGUAUGUUCUUCCGCCUUUUAUCACUAAGAUGCCCCAGCUUAGGGUCCUAGUGAUUAUCAACAACGGCAUGUCCCCUGCAGUUCUCCAUGACUUUUCAAUAUUUGCCAAUUUAUCGAAAUUAAGGAGUCUUUGGCUCGAGAGGGUUCACGUCCCUGAACUCUCCAACUCAACCACCCCCUUGAAAAAUCUCCACAAGAUGUCUUUGAUUCUGUGCAAGAUCAAUAAGAGUUUUGAUCAAACUGGAGUUGACGUGGCCAAUAUCUUCCCAAAAUUGGGGGAUCUGACGAUAGAUCACUGUGAUGAUCUCGUGGCACUACCUUCAAGCAUUUGCGGAUUGAGCUCUCUUAGCUGCUUAAGCAUAACAAAUUGUCCACGCCUCGGUGAAUUGCCCAAGAACCUCAGUAAGCUACAAGCUCUCGAAAUCUUAAGGCUAUACGCUUGCCCUGAGCUAAAGACAUUACCUGGAGAAAUCUGUGAGCUUCCUGGGCUUAAGUACCUAGACAUCUCACAAUGUGUUAGCCUGAGUUGUCUUCCAGAGGAAAUAGGAAAGCUAAAGAAGCUUGAGAAGAUCGACAUGAGAGAAUGUUGUUUUUCGGGUAGACCGAGCUCUGCUGUUUCACUGAAAUCUCUGCGCCAUGUAAUAUGCGAUACCGACGUUGCAUUUAUGUGGGACGAAGUUAAGAAGGUCGUUCCAGGACUAAAGAUUGAAGCUGCUGAGAAAUGCUUCAGCCUAGAUUGGCUUGACGAGUAGAUCCCAAACCCAUAAAAGUUGUUGUAUAAAGUGUAAACUCUUUGUUUAGAGUCUGUCUGUUAAGUUAAACAGCUUGUAUAGACCUCUUUGUACUCUGUUUUCUCAUUUCUAAAUUCAAUAAAGGAUAACCUUUCAU